AUGGCUGGCGGACCCAAGAAAAGUUUGUCUUUGAUUGGAUUCAGUCUUCUCUGGCUUAAAAUGGUUGCUUCAGCAAAAACAGCUCUGGAAAUACCCACUAUUGACCAGGCAUAUUCGAAAAUCAGCAACAGUAUCACGGUGGAAUGGGCCGCAGUGCCGGGGGCCACCAGUUACCUCCUCACAGCCAAAGAUGGGGACACUGUCAUUGAAACCAUGGUGGCCAAUCCCCCAGGCACUGUGACGGGCCUGAAGGCUGCCACCUCGUACCAAAUCACGGUCAGAUCCAUCAGUGCCGCAGGGAGAAGCCAGGCCUCGCCUCCGAAGCAGGCAAACACAGUGCUGGCUGCACCGGUUCUGGAAGCGAGCUCCCCGAGUUCAGACUCUGUCCUUGUGCAGUGGGAGGCUGUGCGCACGGCCAUUGGAUUCUCUGUGUCCAUCAUGCGAGCCAAUGGUUUGGGUAGGAUAUGGAAGGAGAACACCACGAACACCACUUUGACAUUCACCAGGUUGGACCCCGGCACCCUCUACACCAUAAAGGCCCACGCGUGGAGCGCUAACGGAACCCCCGGCGAUGACUCCACCUGCAAUCAGAGAACCAGUCCCCGUGCUCCUGCCGACAUCGAAGUCUCUUUGGACAGCGGGGCUCUGAAGGCGUCUGUUUCCUGGGCCCCGACAGAAGGCGCUUUCAACUACACGGCGAUGGCUCGGAGCGCCUCUUCCGAGCUGAGCUGCAGCACCGCGUACAGCACCUGCACCAUCUCCUCCCUCCGGUGCGGAACGGAGUACCUGGUUUCCGUCCUGGCCAGGAACGACGCUGGAUCCAGCAGAUCGACUUCAGCGGUGACCCUGAAAACCGUUGCUUGUGCGCCUGAAAGAGUGACGAUCCAAGAAGACCCCCCUGGCCACCUGUCGGUGUCUUGGUCCAGUGUAGAGCUGGGAGAUUACUACGUGGCCUUUGUGAAGAGUGAUGAUGGCUUGGAAGUUCACUGCAACACAUCCCUCACGCAGUGCAACUUCCUGUCCGAAUGUGGCUUCACCUACUUCAUCAGUGUUUUUGCCUAUAACAAGGCAGGCCAGAGUCCUCUGGGGGAUGUGUUCAAUUACACCACAGCUCCCUGUUGUCCCAGCGACAUUAACCCAGUGUUGGUGGCCAGCGACAGAGUAGAGAUCGUCUGGUCCCCAGUCCGUGGUGCCGAACUCUAUGAAACCAAGGCUGUGGGCGGGUUCAGCGUGGUCGAGUGCAACGACACUGCGCCUGCGUGCACCCUCUCGGCCCUGGCAUGCGACACCACCUACAACAUCACAGUGCAGUCCUUCAGCGAAGCCCGGGGCAGCAAUACGUCCUGUGCCUCCCGAUUCAUAACCACAGCUCCUUGCAGUCCUGAAAUAGAAAGUGUUUCGAAGGAUGCCUUCUCCGGGAUCCGCGUGCACUGGAGGUCCAGCAACGACGGCGCCACCUACACGGUGACAGCGCGGGGCGAGGACGGGCUGUACCGGUGCCGCAGCAGCGGGCAGUCCUGCGCGCUGGCCGGCCUGCCCUGUGGCUCGGUCUUCUCCGUCACCGCGGUGGCCGAGACGCGGGCUGGGCGCAGCCUGCCCAGCUACAGCGUGCGCCUGGAAACAGUGCCGUGCUGUCCAGCCGGGCUGACAAUAACUCAGGUCACCCAGGCAGUCGUCAACGUGAGCUGGACAGUUGGGACCGGGGCCCUAACCUAUGUGACCGUCCUGGAGUCACCCACUGGACAGUCAAAGUGUCAUACGCAUCAAAACCACUGCCUCCUGGGAUGCAUCACAUGUGGCGUCAAUUACACAGUGGCCCUGAAAGCAAUUAGUGCCACCGGCCUGACGGCAGACUGCGCCUACCACGGCUACUCCUCCAGCGCCUGCUGCCCGCUGGGAGUGAAGCUGUACAGGUUGAGCCCUAACGGUGUCCGGAUCGAUUGGCAGGCCGCCCGGGGCUCCGCCAACUACAGCACCGACCUCUAUGGCUCCAAAGGCAUCUUCACGUGUUCCCCAGGUGCUGGCCUCAGUUUCUGCGACGUCACUGAGAUACCCUGCGGGGACGUAUAUACCGUGAUGGUCUCGCCAGUGGCUGAAACAGGCCUGAAGCUCACUUUCUGUCCAAAAAAAAUAUAUUCGGUAACCUGCUCUGGAAGUUCGCUUGGCAUGGUGAUUUACAGAGGGAAGAGAAAUGCAGAAUGA